AUGGAACGGACUUGCCUAGAAAUGUCUGAAGUGGUAAUCGUUUCAGAAGCAUUCACUCAAAAAAAUCUUCAAUUGGAAGAAUAUGGAUGUGAACAAAAUAUCCAACCAGAUUUCAUUCUCAUUCUUGUACGAUACCUAGCGAUAAUAGUGUUAUUGAUAGUAUUGAAUUUCUCUCUAAAUUUGGUUAAUGUGUUCUAUUGA